GUAUGGCAUCCUUCGAAGCUGCUGUUUACAGGGGCGACGUGAACGCCUCAGUGGGCGGAGUCGACAGGGAAGUGAAGUAGAUCCAAGCAGGAAGCAGCGAACCUUCCGCCGCGGAGGAACGGACGAACCUGGCCGGAGUUUCAAACUGUCCACACGCGCGAAGGUUCCGGUCCAGCGAGGCGCGGUUUGGACUCAGCUGUAGUUUGGGACGCUCACUUUAACCCUGUAUGAGAACAGGGGUCCCGGACCAGUGGGAUUCGGACUGGAACUAGCAGCUGUCCCUUUCACAGCGGCGGACCAACGGCCGCGGUGCACCAGCGUGCGGCGACUGCCUGCAGACUCCAUGCUGGUGCUGAGACAACAUGAAGAGAUUCAAAAGGACUAACGACUCCCAUAGAGACAAAAUCAAGCAGGAGCUCUUCCAGUUCAGUAAGACCGUGGAGCAUGGGUUCCCCCACCAGCCCAGUGCUUUGGGUCACAGCUCCUCCCUACAGCUGCUGGCCAUCGGGACUCGCUCUGGAGCCAUCAAACUAUACGGAUCUCCUGGAGUAGAGUUCAUGGGUCUGCAUGAGGAGAAUGCCGCCGUCACACAAGUGCACUUCCUGCCUCACCAGGUGGAGCUGGUCACUCUGCUGGACGACAACAGUCUCCACAUGUGGACCCUGAAGGGCCACAAAGGCGUCUCAGAGCUGCUAGAGAUCGGCCGCUUCGUCCUAACUGGACCUCCAGGAGCCCUGCCCAGUGUGACCCGGGUCACUGCGGUUCUGGCCCACUCCUCCGGGGAGCUGCUGCUGCUGGGAACUGAAGGAGGACACGUGUUUGUAGUGGAAGUCCCAGGGUUCAGGGAGCUGGAGGAGAGGAACAUCAGCCUGGAGCAGGUUACCAGCAGCGUCCCAGAUAACUACAUUGGUCGCCGAAACCUGGAACACGUGGAGGCCCUGCAGGAGAACCCGGCAGACUCAAAUCAGGUGGUGAUCGGCUACGGUCGAGGACUAUUAGUGGUCUGGGACCUGAAGAAGCACCGUCCACUGCAGUGCAUUUGCCCCUCACAGUCUCUGGAGAGCGUGUGGUGGACGGAGGACGGAGGAUGCAUUCUCAGUUCCCACACUGAUGGGAGCUUCUGUCGCUGGACGGUGGGCGAGAAUAAUGAAGAGAAAUCAGACACUCCAUACGGAACCUUCCCCUGUAAGGCCAUCUCCAAGAUCGUGGAGCUCCCCACUGCAGAUGGGCAGCCGUUCCUGAUGUUCAGUGGGGGCAUGCCCAGAGCCAGCUACGGAGACAGACACUGCAUCACGGUGAUCCACGGGAAGAAUCACGUGGCUCUGGACUUCACCUCCAGGAUCAUUGACUUCUUUGUCAUCAGAGAGGGACCUCAGCUCAAAGGAGACCCCAGUGCUCUGGUGGUUCUGGUGGAGGAGGAGCUGGUCGUGAUCGACCUGCAGGCAGACGGCUGGCCCGUGGUUCAGACGCCAUACCUGGUUCCUCUGCACAGCUCGGCCAUCACCUGCUCUCACCACGUUUCUGCUAUACCGCUCAAGCUGUGGGAACGGAUCAGCGCCGCCGGAGCGCUGCAGAACACGCACUACUCCAAGAAGCUGUGGCCCAUCAGAGGAGGUCAGAACCUUGCACCGGAUCCUCCACAGAGGGACCUUCUGCUCACAGGACACGAGGACGGGACGGUGCGGUUCUGGGACGCGUCGGGAGUCUGCCUGUCACCCGUUUACAAGCUGAGCACAGCCGCCGUGUUCCACACGGACGCCGACCCCAACGACAACAUGAACCACAGCACAGAGGGGGAGUGGCCUCCCUUCAGGAAGGUGGGCUGUUUUGACCCGUACAGCGAUGACCCCAGGCUCGGCAUCCAGAAGAUCCACCUGUGUAAAUACAGUGGUUAUCUGACUGUAGCUGGCACAGCAGGACAGAUUAUGGUUCUGGAGCUGAACGAUGAAGCUGCAGAGCAGACGGUGGAGGCUCAGGUCGUAGAUUUGCUGCAGGGUCAAGAGGGCUUUCGCUGGAAGGGUCACACUCAGCUGGAUGUCCGUGAGGACCCGGUGCUGUUCCCCCCGGGCUUCCAGCCCUUCACCCUGGUGCAGUGUCAGCCCCCCGCUGUGGUCACCGCCCUCGUUCUGCACUCGGAGUGGAAGCUGGUGGCUUUCGGCACCAGCCACGGCUUCGGCCUUUUCGAUUACCAACAGAAGAAGAACGUCCUGGUCAAGUGCACUCUGAACCCCAGCGACCAGCUGGCCAUGGAGGGACCUCUGUCUAGAGUGAAGAGCAUCAAGAAGUCUCUGCGGCAGUCCUUCCGGAGGAUCAGGCGCAGCAGAGUGUCUCUCAGGAAGCACCACGUCAACAGCGCCGCUAAGGUGCAUGAGGCCAACGCCCGUCUGGAGGCGGAGCUAGCAGAAAUGGAGCUGGCUCCGGUACAAAGGAAGAUAGAGGCGCGCUCCUCGGACGACUCCUUCACGGGACUCGUGCGCGUGCUGUACUUUGCGGAAACCUUCCUGAUGGACAGUUCACAUAACACCCCUUCUCUGUGGGCGGGGACUAAUGGAGGCUGUGUGUUCGCCUACGUUCUCCACCUUCCUAAAGUGGAACAUCGGGGGGAGGAGCCAAUCACUGCUCAGCCAGCCAAGGAGAUCCAGCUGAUGCAUCGCGCCCCGGUGGUCGGUGUGGUAGUGCUAGACGGGCACGGCACUCCUCUUCCAGAACCUCUAGAAGUUGCCCAUGACCUCGCCCGCUCGCCAGACAUGCACGGUUCACACCACCUGCUGGUGGUUUCUGAAGAACAGUUCAAGAUUUUCACUCUGCCAAAGGUGAGUGCCAAGACGAAGUUGAAGCUGACCGCCACAGACGGCUCCAGGGUGAGGAAGAUGGGCGUCGCCUGGUUCGGAAGCAACCGCACAGAAGACUACGGUGAAACCGCGCUGCUGGUUCUGACCAACCAGGGGGACGUGCACGCCGUGUCCGUCCCGCACAUCAAGAUGCAGGUCCAGCACCCCUGCAUUCGCCGCGAGGACGUCAGCGGCAUCGCCUCCUGCGUCUUCACUAAACACGGCCAGGGCUUCUACCUGAUCUCCCCGUCAGAGUUUGAGCGCUUCUCUCUGUCUACCCGCUGCCUGGUGGAGCCCCGCUGCCUGGUGGAGGUGCCCGCUUCCGAGGGGAACUGCAGCCAGCGCCGUCCUCAGCUGGAAGGACCUUCGUCCUCUCAAACGAGCACGUGCGAGAAUGAGGAUCCAGAGAGCUCAGCUAGGCGCGUUAUGGAGCAUGCUUUGCUGAAUGACGAGAAAGUUCUACUUGAGAUCCAGAAGUCUCUGGAGGGAGAUCAGAU